GGCAGUCAGCGGCCAAAAUUUCCAACCAUGCAAUAGCCCUUUGGUCUAUUUAACGACUCUUCUUCUUCACUACAACUGCACGGCUUCUUCUUCUCUGUUCAAGUCCUGAACUCCUGGUAGGCUUGAAUCUUCAAUUCGCGGGACUUCUAAAUCUGUAUGGGUUGGUGAUCUUUUGGGAUCCCGUCCUUCCAUACUGAUAAUGGCGCCAGGAAGCAGCAGAAAGAUAUAUGCUGCCUCGGCAAGGUCUCACACUAGAAGAGCUAAGCAGAGCUCCGCCCUUACUCUCCCUUCAGGGAUCUUUCCUGCAGUACUUUUAGUUCUGCUCGCUGGGCUAGUGAGUUGGGGUUACCAAGCAGUCCGACCACCUCUGCCCAAGAUAUGUGGUUCUUCUGAUGGGCCGCCAGUCACAGCAUCGAGAAUCCAGCUUCGUGAUGGAAGGCAUUUGGCUUACCAAGAACGUGGAGUGUCAAAGGAUGUUGCCAAGAUUAAAGUCGUUUUCAUCCAUGGCUUAGACGUCUGCAGGCUUGAUGAUGUCAUUGCCAUUUAUACUUCUCCAGUAUGUGUGUUUAUUUGCUGUUUUGGCUUAAGCUUCGUCUUCGUCAUGCCUUCAGCUAUUACCAUCUUCUACAUUUUAAUGAUGCUUUCGAGUCAGGAACUUGUUGAGGAGUUGGGGAUGUAUUUUGUGUCGUACGACAGACCUGGUUAUGGGGAGAGUGAUCCUCAUCCAUCGAGAACAGUGAAGAGCCAGGUCUUGGACAUAGAAGAGCUUGCUGAUCAAUUGGGACUGGGGCCUAAAUUCUACUUAAUCGGUUAUUCGCUUGGCGGCCAGCUGGGAUGGGGAUGCCUGAAGUACAUUCCUCAUAGGCUGGCAGGGGUUACACUGUUAACCCCAGCUACUAACUAUUAUUGGCCUGGUUUUCCUUCCAACUUAUCUACUGAAGCCUUCUACAAACAACCACCUUGCGACUAUUGGUCUCUUCGUGUGGCUCAUUAUGCUCCCUGGUUAACUCAUUGGUGGAAUACCCAAAAAUGGUUUCCAAUUAUUGGUGCAAUAAGUAAAAGCCCUCAUACUCUUUCUCGUGAAGACAAAGAGGUUGCCGCUAAGCUUAUAGCUAAGGGAGCUCAUCAUAGAGAGCAUGUAAGGCAGCAAGGACAAUACGAGUCUCUCCAUCGUGACAUGAACUUAGGAUUUGGCACGUGGGAAUUCGAUCCUGUAGAGAUGGAGAACCCUUUCAUGGACAAGGAAGUCUCUGUACAUCUGUGGCAAGGAGACGAAGACAUUCUGGUGCCUGCUACACUGCAGCGCUACAUUGCAGAGCGCCAUUCUUCUUGGAUUCAGUACCACGAGCUGGCUGGUUCUGGGCACUUUUUCCCUCAUCUCAAUGGGAUGGCUGACAGCAUUGUGAAGACAAUGUUGAAUGACAAGCAGUAAGCUUUCACAGGCCUAAAGAGUUGUUGUUGAACCUUAGCUCUUUACCAGGCUGGUAAAUUCAAAGCAUUUGGUGAUGUUUUAGUUCCAGCUCUCGGAGCUAUAGAUUGUUGUGCAUUAUGUUAUUUAGAGUUGAGAGGUUCUGUAAAAUUGAUGUUUAGAUACAGCGCACUGAAAACUUCUGUUUUGAUCAUGGAUUUGGGCACAGGAUAAAUAGCCAACAGAGUUACAGAGAUGUAGAGAUUGGCGUUAUAAAAACAGAGUAAUUCGCCACUUUAUUUGUUGGGAUCAUUCUAUGUAGCCGUCAAUUAUGAUUUUUACAUGUUAAUUAAAAAGGAAUAAAAAUUAAUUUCUUUCAA